ACUGUCACUAUCAGUUAGGCUUCGCAGUAUUUGCGAAAGUGAGGAUUCUGCAAGCCCAAAGAGAACUUGCUUCCCUCGGGCUUAAGAAACCUGAAAUCAGCGCCUGCUGAGACUGGAGAGAACCCAGGGAGCGUUAGAAGCUGCCGCUGCAGGAAAAUGACUUGGAAUGGGCUGCAGCCAGCCCAGGGUGUUAGCGAGGACUGUGAUGCAGACUUCCUAGAUGCCGGGGUUUCUACCAAGGAACAGGUCCGUGGGUAGCCGGAGCCUUUUCACAGCACCGGACACUCCAGCGCGGGACGCGUGAGCACCCGGACAAACACAGAAAAGUCUUUUGACGAACUCCUCCAGUUACUCUAGCUACUUCUUCCUACUCUCACCCACCGCCGGGACAGCGCGACUGCCACCCUCUGCCACCCUUCCUUUGAGUCUGGGUGGAGGGUAAGGACGGGAGCUGACCAGCACCGCCCCUCCCGACCGGGAGGUGGAGAUCCCACGGGUCCUGCGAUUCAACACCCACUUCCCCCUCCUUCUGCCCCUAUAUCACCAGCACCCCCUCCUCCUUCCUUUUUCCCUCCUCCCUGGAGACAGGGGAGGAGAAAAGGGGAGCUCAGGUCGUCAUGACUGAGCUGCAGGCAAAGGAUCCGCGGGCACCCCACGCGUCGGGAGCCGCGCCCUCCCCCACCCACGUCGGGUCCCCCUUGCUUGGACGCUUGGACCCCUGUCCCUUCCAGAGAAGCCAGCCGUCGGACACAUCGUCUGUAGGCUCGCCUAUAUCCAUCUCCCUGCAAGACAGGCUGCUCUUCCCUCGGUCCUGCCAGGGUCCGGAGCUCCCGGGAGAAAAGGCACAGAACCAGCAGUCGCUGUCGGACGUGGAGGGAGCCUUCUCUGGAGCUGAAGCCACUCGUGGGGCAGGAGGCAGCAAUCCCAGAGCCCCGGAGAAGGACAGCAGACUCUUAGACAGUGUCUUAGACACGCUGCUGGCGCCCUCGGGGACCGAGCAGAGCCACGGCAACCCUCCAGCCUGCGAGGCCAUCACAUCUUGGUGUCUUUUCGGAUCAGAGCUUCCAGAAGACCCCCGCAGUGUCCCUGCUACCAAGUUGUUGUCCCCGCUCAUGAGUCGGGUAGAGAGCAAGGCUGGCGACAGCUCCGGGACAGGAGCAGGGCAGAAGGUGCUGCCCAAGGGGCUGUCACCACCCCGGCAGCUGCUGCUCCCGACCUCAGGGAGUGCCCAUUGGCCCGGGGCAGGGGUGAAGCCGUCUCCACAACCAUCUGUGGUGGAGGUGGAGGAGAACGGUGGCCUAGACACUGAGGGCUCCGCGGGUCCGCUUCUGAAGAGCAAACCUCGAACACUGGAAGGCACCAGCAGCGGAGGAGGAGGAGUUGCAGCCAGCGCGCCCGCGGCGGCCCCAGGAGGCGUCACCCUGGUUCCCAAGGAAGACUCCCGAUUUUCUGCUCCCAGGGUCUCCUUGGAGCAAGACGCUCCGGUGGCGCCCGGGCGCUCCCCACUGCCCACCACAGUGGUGGAUUUCAUCCACGUGCCCAUCCUGCCUCUCAACCACGCGCUCCUGGCCGCCCGCACCCGGCAGCUGCUGGAGGGGGACAGCUACGACGGCGGGGCCUCAGCCCAGGGCUCGUUUGCCCCGCCUCGAGGCUCGCCAUCCCCGCCGGUGCCCUGCGGCGACUUCCCAGACUGCACCUACCCGCAGGACGGCGACCCCAAAGAGGACGCGUUCCCUCUCUACGGCGAUUUCCAGCCGCCAGGCUUGAAGAUCAAGGAGGAGGAGGAAGGCGCCGAGGCAGCUGCGCGCUCGCCGCGCCCUUACCUGGUGGCCGGAGGCAGCGCCGCCACCUUUCCAGAUUUCCCGCUGGCGCCGGCGCCGCCGCGAGCUCCCUCCUCCAGGCCCGGCGAGGCGGCGGUGGCCGGCGGCCCGGGCAGCUCCGCAGUGUCGCCCGCGUCCUCUUCGGGGUCGGCGCUGGAGUGCAUCCUGUACAAAGCGGAGGGCGCGCCGCCCACGCAAGGCCCGUUCCCGCCGCUGUCCUGCAAGCCCUCGGCCUCCGGUUCUUGCCUGCUCCCGAGGGACGGCCUGCCCGCCGCCCCUGCCGCCUCGGCAGCCCCCGCCAUCUACCCGCCGCUCGGCUUCAACGGGCUCCCGCAGCUGGGCUACCAGGCCGCAGUGCUCAAGGACGGCCUGCCCCAGGUCUACCAGCCCUAUCUCAACUACCUGAGGCCAGAUUCAGAAGCCAGCCAGAGCCCACAGUAUGGCUUUGAUUCCUUACCUCAGAAGAUCUGUUUAAUCUGUGGGGACGAAGCAUCUGGCUGUCACUAUGGAGUGCUCACCUGUGGCAGCUGCAAGGUCUUCUUCAAGAGGGCGAUGGAAGGGCAACAUAACUAUUUAUGUGCUGGAAGAAAUGACUGCAUUGUUGAUAAAAUCCGCAGAAAAAACUGCCCAGCAUGUCGCCUAAGAAAGUGCUGUCAGGCUGGCAUGGUCCUUGGAGGUCGGAAGUUUAAGAAGUUCAAUAAAGUCCGAGUUAUGAGAGCCCUUGAUGGCGUUGCUCUCCCUCAGUCAGCGGGCCUUCCUAAUGAGAGCCAGACCCUAGGCCAGAGAAUCACCUUUUCACCAAAUCAAGAAAUCCAGCUGGUUCCCCCACUCAUCAACCUGCUCCUGAGCAUUGAGCCUGAUGUGAUCUACGCAGGGCAUGACAACACAAAACCCGACACUUCCAGCUCUUUGCUGACCAGUCUCAACCAACUAGGCGAGAGGCAGCUGCUCUCAGUAGUCAAAUGGUCUAAGUCACUGCCAGGUUUCCGGAACUUGCACAUUGAUGACCAGAUAACCCUGAUUCAGUACUCCUGGAUGAGUCUGAUGGUGUUUGGCCUGGGCUGGAGGUCCUACAAGCAUGUUAGCGGGCAGAUGCUAUAUUUUGCACCUGAUCUAAUCCUAAAUGAACAGAGGAUGAAGGAGUCAUCCUUCUACUCACUGUGCCUUACCAUGUGGCAAAUCCCACAGGAGUUCGUCAAGCUUCAAGUGACCCAUGAGGAAUUCCUCUGUAUGAAAGUCUUGCUACUUCUUAAUACAAUUCCUCUGGAAGGACUGAGGAGCCAAAGCCAGUUUGAAGAGAUGAGGUCAAGCUAUAUCCGGGAAUUGAUCAAGGCAAUAGGCUUAAGGCAGAAAGGGGUUGUCCCCAGUUCACAGCGCUUCUAUCAACUUACGAAGCUUCUUGACAGUUUGCAUGAUCUUGUGAAACAGCUCCACCUAUACUGCUUGAACACAUUCAUCCAGUCUCGGACACUAGCUGUGGAAUUUCCAGAAAUGAUGUCUGAAGUUAUUGCUGCACAGUUGCCCAAGAUCUUGGCGGGCAUGGUGAAGCCUCUUCUCUUUCAUAAAAAGUGAUGUCUUUGCUUUGUUUUCUUUGCAAAAAUUAAGUUUUGUGGUAUGUAUUUUUUGUCUUGGUUAGGAUGGUCAGGUCUUGAGUCUUUAUAAUGUUCUUCUGAAAGCCUUACAUGUAUACAUAUCACACUGUGUAAAUUAUGAGAAAACUUGGGAGAUUCUGAUUUUCCUUUGUAAUGUCUAAGUGGAGUUUCUAAAGUGUUUUAUGUACCCAUAUUUUCUUUGAGAGUUUACAUAGUUUAAAAAGGACUAAAUUGAUUGUAUAAGUAAACUAUAUCUCAUCUAUAUUAUUUCAUACUUUUCGGAUGAAAAUUUUUUUAACCUUUGCAUCUAACAUCUAACAAAUCUCCCCUAUAGGGGGAAAACAUCCCUACCUUUAACAAUAAACCAUACAUGCUACUUUUAGAUAGUUGUUUUGGUUUUCCAAAACUGGACCUUUAAAAUGGCAGCCAAAAAUGUAACUAUUUUGUGAGAAGAUUCAUAACCUAAAGCAGAUUUUCAAGAGUUUUUAAUGAAGAAAGAAAGAAAAAAGGAAGAAAGGAAAAGAAAGGAAGGAAGGAAGGAAAGAAAGAAAGGAAAAAACAACAAAACAAAACAGGAAAACAGAAAGGGAGCUGAAAUGGGUUGAUAUUUUGAAUCUAGGCAAACUGUGGUUGGAAGCAGACUUGUGACAGAGUAAAUAAACAGCAACACAGUUGUGUGACACUGUUGAGGGUGGGUCUGAGGGAGAAGAUGCCUUCAGACACGGUCCUGUGUAUGUCAGAAAUCAGGUCUGUUCUCUCAUUGGAAUCCCUGUUGUUGGCAGUCACCCUUGGUAGUCCCGUGUCCUUGCUAGUGUGACAGCAUGUUUCCCGGCAAAUGCUUCCUUUGCCCAUCUCUGUCACUUAUUAGCAUUUUAUCAAUGAAGACUGGGAGGGAAGGGGACAAA